AUGCUACAAAAUCGUACAAUUACAGAAAUUAGAAUGCGUCCUCUUCACGUGCCAUAUCCUCUCAGUGGUUUCAUAGCACUGACUGGAGCUCAACAAUCGACUCCUCCGGUACCACCGGCACCAACGAUCUUUCCUAGUCAUUACUCAGCCGAGCAGUGGAAUCGUUAUUACAUUCAUUUGUAUCGACAAAUGAUGUUAGCACAGAUUUCAUCUGAUGCACAGAGGCAACGAAUCAUCCAUUUUAAUCAACAAAUGGCAAUGAAAGCCGCAAUAGAAGACAACGGCGGAAAUGCAUCGCUGGUAUCAUGCAAUGAUCAUCCAAAAUUUGAUUUCACUCAACUUGCUAAAAGCAUCGAAAAUGAAAGCAAAAUGGCAAAAGCAACGAAAAAUAAUAACAGAUUAGCACAAAGUUGUUUACCAAACACAUCAACCGCAUCUACCACUUCAAUCAAUGACCUUAAUAAACCAUGGUUUUUAUUGCCAAAACGUAAUACUGGUAGGGGAGCUCGUCCAAAGAAAGAGUUUAUAUGUAAAUAUUGUAAUCGACAUUUUACCAAAUCAUAUAAUUUAUUAAUACAUGAACGUACGCAUACCGAUGAGCGACCAUAUGACUGUGAUAUUUGUGGCAAAGCCUUUCGUAGACAAGAUCAUUUAAGAGAUCACAGAUUUAUUCAUUCGAAAGAUAAACCAUUCAAAUGUGACAUAUGCCAAAAAGGCUUCUGCCAAUCGCGAACACUUCAAGUCCAUCGAAUUUCGCAUAACAAUUCACUAGAAGUGGAACAUAGGAGACCACGAAAAGCUCAGAAUAACAUCAUGAUCAAUCCAUUAGAUAAUGUUCGGGAUGAACGAAUUGGUACUGUCAGAAAGAAUAUGACUCUCACCAAUGGUGGUACAAAAUCACCAGUAUUAGGAAACAUUCCUACUCUUUUUUCAAAGGAAACAGGUAAGAGAGAAAAGUUAAAGAAAUAA